AUGAAAUUUUGGAGCAUUUUGUGUCAGCAAAGCAGCUUGAAGAGACGGAAGUUGAUGAUGUGCGCGACGUAUUAUCCAAAAGACAUACGCAUCAGUAUGAACAGGCACGAGGAGCAGGAAACGGUAAUGGGGCAUCGCAAGGCGGUUUCCUGAAUGCUGUCCGUUCAAUAUCCGAUAUCGGACGAACAUUCUCGCAUGGACGAAAUCUGACAAAAGCUGCCGAAGAACAACCGAUUAACGAAGGUGCUGAAACAUCGCCAAAAACACCCACUCUUAAAUUACCUGAAGUUAGUUAUUUCAUCCAAAAAUUUUGCACUUUUUGUCGAUUUGCAUAA